AUUCUAAAUUACAAUGACUUGUGGCUGGUUAGAUGUUCUACAAAAAGAUUUCAAUGCUGAAUUUGAAUUCGGAGAAGCAUAGAGAGAGACUCCAAACAAGAAAAUAUAGAAUAUAUUCAAAUUUAUGUUCUAUUUGUUGAAUUUUAGCACAAAUUAUUAUUGUCUGUUCAUUUUUGUGAAAAUUAUAUUUGCAGUCUGCAGGAUUUGGAUACUUCUUAUUUAUUUCUGCACCUACCUGUAUGUUACUCUUAUCAUAGAUAUCUUUGUUUUCAAGAACUUGUUUUCAAAUUUCUGAAGGGCGUAUUUUUCCCCCAUGCUAGAGAUUAGAGAAAUAUAUGUUGGCGUAUUUGGGACUCAACUAACUUUAAUCCCGUAGGAACUGAUUCUUUUUCAAUGCAACAAAAAGAGGUUGGAAACCUUGCACAAGCCGUCAGGUCAGAAAUAACAAUAAAAACAAAAUGAAAUCAGUUUCCUCUCCUCCAUUUAGUACUAGUACUAGUCCGACUACUAGUACUCCAUUCCAACUGCUCACUCUACCUCCCACCUCAGCUGGUACGUAAGUGGGCAGAAUCAAAGUAUUGCCAAACUCUAAACUCAGCGUUGAAAGUGGUGUUGGUGGAUUGAUAAGCUGAUGUAUCUAAUGGCAUACAUGCCUUCCUGCGGCACCUUCCAUGCACCUUUAGUGUCUUCUUGCCUGAGGAGGAAAUUAACAGUGGUGGCCACGGCUUCCAAGGCCAAGGUUGGAACUCCCGAAAAGGCCUCCACUCAAGUCCGAUUCGCGCAACCAUUCCCACCUGAAAAGAAGGAAGUUUUCGAUUCAUUGGAGCGCUGGGCAGAGGACAACAUCCUGGUCUUGUUGAAGCCAGUAGAGAAAUCCUGGCAGCCGCAGGACUACCUGCCAGACCCUUCCUCGGAUGGAUUCCAUGAUGAAGUCAAGGAGUUGAGGGAACGGGCCAAGGAGAUCCCGGAUGACUACUUGGUCUGUCUGGUUGGAGACAUGGUCACUGAGGAAGCACUCCCUACUUACCAGACAAUGCUCAAUAUCCUCGAUGGCGGUGUCGGCGACGAUACCGGCACCAGUCCAGCCAGUUGGGCUGUCUGGACGAGGGCAUGGACGGCCGAGGAGAACAGGCACGGUGAUCUCAUGAACAAGUACAUGUACCUCACCGGGAGGGUUGAUAUGAGGCAGAUUGAGAAGACCAUACAGUAUCUCCUUGGUGCUGGAAUGGAUCCAAAAACCGAGGGCAACCCAUAUCAGGGUUACAUCUACACAUCUUUCCAAGAGAGGGCAACCUUCAUAUCCCACGGCAACACUGCAAGGCACGCCAGGAAGUACGGGGACCUGAAACUGGCUCAGAUAUGUGGCACCAUCGCGGCCGACGAGAAGCGCCAUGAGACGGCCUACACCAAGAUUGUGGAGAAGCUCUUCGAGGUCGACCCCGACUACACCGUGCUGGCAUUCGCGGCCAUGAUGAGGAAGAAGGUCACGAUGCCCGCCCACUUGAUGUACGACGGGCAGGACGACAACCUGUUUGAGCACUUCAGCGCGGUGGCUCAACGGCUGGGCGUCUACACCGCCAUAGACUACGCGGACAUCCUCGACUUUCUGGUGCAGAGGUGGAACGUCGCCAACCUCACUGGGCUGUCUGGGGAAGGGAGGCGGGCUCAGGAUUUCCUCUGCUCACUGGGACCAAGGUUCAGGAAGCUGGAGGAGCGAGCUCAGGGCAGGGCGAAGCAGUUACCGGUUGUUCCUUUCAGCUGGAUCCAUGGUCGGCAAGUGCAACUUUGAGUGACAUUGCAAAACAAUUAUAAGACGAUUUGUUCUUCUUAUUUUCAAAAUAUGAAGCAACUGUUGACUUGUACUACUAUAAACGUAUUUACUCUACAUGUGCCAAAGAAGCUUAAAAUAACAUAAUUAUAUCAUGAACACA